AUGCUUUCUGGAGAGGCUGGCAUCUGGUGGCAAGGUGCUUUACAAAGAAUGAUAGCUGCAGGUACCCAAGUGAACUGGGAGAAUUUCAAGCGGCUAUUCUUGGAGAAAUACUUUCCCCGAGAUGUGAGACAUAAGAAACAGGUGGAAUUCCUUGAGUUGAAGCAAGGAGAAAAUUCUGUGGCUGAGUAUAUUACUAAGUUUGAAGACCUGGUUAGAUUUUGUCCCAUGUAUGAUGGUGUGGGCAAUGAGGAGGACAAAUGUGUGAAGUUUGUGAGUGGUCUUCGCCCUGAGAUUAAACAAGUUUUCAAUUAUCAAGGGAUCACUCACUAUCAUGAAUUGGUAAACAAGUGCCGAGUAUACGAUGAGGACAACCUUGCUAGGGUAACUCAUUAUAAGAGUGGAGGACCCAUGAGGAAUAAUAAGUUUGGUUCAUCUAGUAAGAGUAAACCUUACACCAAGUCUGCUGGGGACUCAAGUUCUAAGGUGAAUAAUCAAGGUUCUGUGCAACAAAGGAGCCAAGCUCCAACGAUUAGCCAAAAUUCUAGAAGGGGAAGUGUGGGUUCUAUUCCACACAACAAUUGCUUCAAAUGUGGGAAGUCAGGUCAUAGGGCAGUUGAGUGUCGGACGCAAAGAGUUAUAACAUGCUUCAAAUGUCAAGCGAAGGGACACAAAGCUAGUCCAUGCCCCCAGAAUAGGAAAGAAACAACAGACGUUGGAGGGAGCGCUAGCAAACCUAGAGCGACAGGAAGGGUGUUUGCCUUGAGUGGUGUUGAAGCUACUCAAUCUGAAAACUUAAUCCAGGGCCAUAUUUUGAAGCUCCCAAACUUGGAAUCGGACAUUAUUGGUGUCUUUGGAAAGCUAAGAUAG